AUUGAGCCUUAACAGAUAAAAGUGAUGUCUGUCAAGCUGCAUUAAUCCUACACUUAAAAUGUUUCCCUGGAAGCGAACUCAGAAGCAUCGCCUCCGAGCAAAGAAAAAGAUGCAGAGCCUUGUGUGAGUCUAUGUUUUCCUCUCUGCUCUUUCCUCAGCUGGCCCCUCCCACCCGGAGGAUGCCUUUGGAAGAGACAGUUUCCUUUCCAUCUCCUUUUUUGCAUAGAACAUAGUCGUCAAACACCUGAAACAUUGUCUGGAGAGUCUGGAAUAUACAUUGACUGGAUAUUCUAGAGCAUAGUCUAGACAGUAGAACAUCAGUCAGAUAUCUCAAACAUUGGAGAGUCUGGAAUAUACAUUGUCUGGUCAGUCUAGAAUGUUGUCUAGAUAGUAGAACAUCAGUCAGGCAUCUCAUACAUUGUCUGGAGAGUCUGGAAUAUACAUUGUCUGAACAGUCUAGAAUGUAGUCUACACAGUGGAACAUCAGUCAGACUUCUCAAGUAUUGGAGAGUCUGGAAUGUACAUUGUCUGGUCACUCUAGAAUGUAGUCUACACAGUAGAACAUCAGUCAGAUAUCUCAAACAUUGUCUGGAGAGUCUGGAGUAUACUUUUCUGGUCAGUCUAGAAUGUAGUCUAGACAGUAGAACAUCGGUCAGGCAUCUCAAGCAUUGGAGAGUCUGGAAUAUACAUUGUCUGGUCAGUCUAGAAUGUAGUCUAGACAGUAGAACUUCAGUCAGAUAUCUCAAACAUUGUUUGGAGAGUCUGGAAUAUACAUUGUCUGGACAGUCUAGAAUGUAGUCUACACAGUAGAACUUCGGUCAGAUAUCUCAAACAUUGUCUGGAGAGUCUGGAAUAUAGUCUAGACAGUAGAACAUCGGUCAAGCAUCUCAAGCAUUGCAGAGUCUGGCGUAGACAUUGUCUGGUCAGUGUAGAAUGUAAUCUAUGCAGUAGAACUUCAGUCAGAUAUCUCAAACAUUGUUUAGAGAGUCUGGAAUAUACAUUGUCUGGACAAUCUAGAAUAGAGUCUACACAGUAGAACUUCGGUCAGAUAUCUCAAACAUUGUCUGGAGAGUCUGGAAUAUACAUUGUCUGGACAGCCUAGAUUAUAGUCUAGACAGUAGAAAAUUGGUCAAACUUCUCAAACAUUGUCUGGAGAGUCUGGAAUAUACAUUGUCUGGAGAGUCUGGAAUAUACAUUGUCUGGAGAGUCUGGAAUAUAUAUUGUCUGGAAAGUCUAGAAUGUAGUCUAGACAGUAGAAUAUCAGUCAGGCAACUCAAACAUUGUCUGGAGAGUCUGGAAUAUGCAUUGUCUGGACAGCCUAGAUUAUAGUCUAGACAGUAGAAAAUUGGUCAAACUUCUCAAACAUUGUCUGGAGAGUCUGGAAUAUACAUUGUCUGGAGAGUCUGGAAUAUACAUUGUCUGGAGAGUUUGGAAUAUAUAUUGUCUGGAAAGUCUAGAAUGUAGUCUAGACAGUAGAAUAUCAGUCAGGCAACUCAAACAUGGUCUGAAGAGUCUGGAAUAUACAUUGUCUGGACAAUCUAGAUUAUAGUCUAGACAGUAGAAAAUUGGUCAGACUUCUCAAACAUUGUCUGGAGAGUCUGGAAUAUACAUUGUCUGGAAAGUCUGGAAUAUACAUUGUCUGGAAAGUCUGGAAUAUAAAUUGUCUGGAAAGUCUAGAAUGUAGUCUAGACAGUAGAAUAUCAGUCAGGCAACUCAAACAUGGUCUGAAGAGUCUGGAAUAUACAUUGUCUGGACAAUCUAGAUUAUAGUCUAGACAGUAGAAAAUUGGUCAGACUUCUCAAACAUUGUCUGGAGAGUCUGGAAUAUACAUUGUCUGGAAAGUCUGGAAUAUACAUUGUCUGGAAAGUCUGGAAUAUACAUUGUCUGGAAAGUCUAGAAUGUAGUCUAGACAGUAGAAUAUCAGUCAGGCAACUCAAACAUGGUCUGAAGAGUCUGGAAUAUACAUUGUCUGGACAGUCUAGAUUAUAGUCUAGACAGUAGAAAAUUAGUCAGACUUCUCAAACAUUAUCUGGAGAGUCUGGAGUAUACAUUGUCUGGACAGCCUAGAAUGUAGUCUAGACAGUAGAACAUCGGUCAAACUUCUCAAACAAUUGAGAGUUUGGAAUAUACAUUGUCUAGACUGUCUAGAAUGUAAUUUAGACAAAACAUAGGUCAGACUUCUCAAACAUUAUCUAGACAGCCUGGAAUAUAAUCUAUACAGCCUAGUACACCACCCAGACAUUUCCCUUCUGUGCUGAUCACUUUAGAAGCCCACUUGAAGAUGAAAAUGGAAGAACCUAGAGAUCCUGCAUUAGGGAACGCAUGGGAACGGACUGAGGAGGCGUCUCAUGUCUUUCCGGCUGAAAACAUCCAAGAAUUCCUACACCGGAUAAAAGGCGAGCGGCUUCGAAAGGAAUCGAGCGAGUGGAACGAGGCCUUCCAACAAUGGGAAGACCAAUGGGAGGAAUUCCUGGAGAAGAUGGCGGCCCCUCAUGCUAGGUGGGGGGCCCCGUGUGCCGCAGCCGAGGAGCCCACGCCGUGGGGCGACACAAAGGGCUUCCUGGAGGCCUUUGAGCAAGUGGCCAGGGCCUGUCGGUGGCCCAAGGACGAGUGGGUGGCCCACCUUUCACCGGCCCUCGGUGGGGAAGCCAAGCAGGUCUUCGGUCGGCUGGAGACCCGCGACCGAGGUGACUACGGGAGGGUCAAGGUGGCCCUUUUGGAAAGAGAUGCCCACGGCCGGGAGAGACAUCGACAAUGCUUCCGUCGCUUUGGCUACCACGAGGCCGAGGGGCCACGGGGGGCUUACGGGCAUCUCCGGAAACUGUGCCAGCGGUGGCUGAAGCUCGAGCGACACUCCAAGGAGCAGAUCCUGGAGCUGCUGGUUCUGGAGCAGUUCCUGGCCAUCUUGCCCUCAGAGGUCCGGUUCUGGGUCAGCCAAAGCGUGCCGGAGACCUGCUCCCAGGCGGUGGCCCUGGCCGAGGACUUCCUCCACCGGCAGCGAGGGACCAAGAACCAAGAGACGCAGGUGGGAUUGGAGAAGGAUGUUGAAGACUUCUCUAGGGACGGCCGGACCUCACCGGUUGUCGAACUAAGACCGCCAUGCAGUGAAGGCCAAGAAGAUGGGAAUGGCGUGUUGGGAACAGAAUGGACUGCCAGCCCUGAUGAGAAAGAGGAAUGCCUUCCAAGAGAUCCAGAACCUGUGGAACUCCCUGCCGCUUCAGCAUGGGAAGGAGCCGGGAAUAUUUUCCAAAGCUGUGAGCCAACCACUACCUCCGGAAGCCAGAGGAGGGCAGAGGCUCAACGAGAAAUCCACCGCCUGGAAAAAGCAAAUGAAUCCGUCCUUUCUUGGGAGAACGGUGACGUGAAAACGACUGAGCAAGUUGACGACGCCUGGGCAAACGAGAAUGAGAAACCAGUGGAAACAUUGUUGGACAGAAUAAAGUCUGAAGAACUGAAGACCCAAGAUGGGCCGACAAGGCAAGGCGGGAACCACGGAGAAAAUUGGGGAGAUAAAUACAUUCCUUAUCAGAGCAAAGAUGUCCGCGGGACACCGCCGCAGCCGCGAAGAGACGCAGAAAAGAGAUGGAACGGGUGCCUCCGUGCAGAGAAGGAGGCAAACGAAAGCAUCAGACCUGAAAAGAGCUUCCAUUGGAACCCAGCCACGGCCGGUUGCCACGCCGUCCUCAAAGACAAGAAGCUCUACCCGUGUUUGGAGUGCGAAAGAGGCUUCCACCAUAGUUCCAGCCUCCCUUCCCAUCCAAAGAGUCCGGCAGCGGAGAGACCCUACAAAUGCUCCGGCUGCGGGAAGAGCCUCAAUUUGCACCAGAGAGCACGGACGUACCACUGCUUGGAUUGCAACCACACCUUCCACGACCAGCAGAAGAGAAGCCACGCCGGAGGGGAGAAACCCUACAAAUGCUCCGAGUGCGGGAAGAGCUUCAGCCAGAACGCCAGCCUGUCCUUGCACCAGCGGACGCACACCGGCGAGAAGCCCUACGGCUGCUCCGACUGCGACAAAGCCUUUGCCGACCCGUCGAGCCUGGUCAAGCACAAGAGGAGCCACGGCGGAGAAAAGCCCUUCAAGUGCUUGGACUGUGAGAAGAGCUUCAGCCAAAGCCCGAGCCUGACUUUGCACCAGCGGAUACACGCCGGGAAGAGGCCGUACAACUGCUCCGACUGCAGCAAGAACUUCUCGGACCCGGCGGGCCUCAUCAAGCACAAGAGGGUUUACACGGGAGACAAGCGCUACGCCUGCGUCCAGUGCGGACGGAGUUUCAGCCAGAGCCUCAACCUCAAUUCGCACCAGAGAAUCCAUGUGGAGGAAGAAACACCGCUAUGAUGCGCUCAAUGGGUUCCGUUCACAUAUAGGCCAACUUGGGCCCUCCGGGUGUUUUGGACUGCAACUCCCACAAUUCCGAACAGCCUACCGGCAGCACCCGGAGGGCCCAAGUUGGCCCAUGCCUGUUUCAAUUCAACCUGGCUCAGAUAUUGGAGUUCUUAGGGCAUGGCUAAAUUAGUAAACAAAAAAUGUAUUCAACCCGUAUCCGACGCUUGCAGUCUUCAAUAUAACUUCCACCAAGAAUCCAGACUUUUUAGUUCUUGACUUUGCUUCAAGUCAAUGGAUACAAUGGAGUUGUAGAAAACUUCAUAGUAUCCUCAGGGUUUGCCACAAUGUAAACAGGUAGAUCGGAUUCUCAUUAUUUCAAUGUAACUUCCGCCAAGAAUCCAGACUUUUUAGUUCUUGACUUUGCUUCAAGUCAAUGGAUACAAUGGAGUUUGCAAGAAACUUCAUAGUAUCCUCAGGGUUUGCCACAAUGUAAACAGGUAGAUCGGAUUCUCAUUAUUUCAAUAUAACUUCCGCCAAGAAUCCAGACUUUUUAGUUCUUGACUUUGCUUCAAGUCAAUGGAUACAAUGGAGUUGUAGAAAACUUCAUAGUAUCCUCAGGGUUUGCCACAAUGUAAACAGGUGGAUCGGAUUCUCAUUAUUAUCCAAUAUCCACUAUGCACACCAAUGUUGUCGCCUUUCCUAUGCACCCUUUAUUGCAGGAAAGCGGAUAAAUCACCCUGUUAUCGCCUCUGUUGCUCCUCACCGAUCAAGAAGUUCCUUGCAAAAACAUGGCCAUAUCUGUUGAGGUCGUAAUAAUGGGGCACCUGUUUGACUGAGCAAUCGCAGAAUCAUAGAAUUGGAAGAGAAUGCAAAGUCCAACUCCCUUCUGCUUUCCAGGAAAGUCACAAACAAAGCCCUCCUGACAGAUGGCCAUCCACACUCUGUUUAGGGACUCUCUUACAAAAUGAACUUCAACAGGGACAAAUAGAAUUGGAAGACAACUCAAAGUCCAUCCAGCGAUUUAGGUCCAAUUCUGGGCAUGGCAAUUGAAGGGAGAUGUUGUCAAGUUGGAAUGCGUCCAGAGGAGAUCGACUAAAAUGAUCAAGGGUCUGGAGAACAAGCCCUAUGAGGAGUGGUUUAAAGAGCUGGGCAUUCUGGGCAUCACAAUUGAAGGGAGAUGUUGACAAGCUGGAAAGUGUCCAGAGAAGGGUGACUAACAUGAUCAAGGGUCUGGAGAACAAGCCCUAUGAGGAGUGGCUUAAAGAGCUGGGCAUUCUGGGCAUCACAAUUGAAGGGAGAUGUUGACAAGCUGGAAAGUGUCCAGAGAAGGGUGACUAACAUGAUCAAGGGUCUGGAGAACAAGCCCUAUGAGGAGUGGUUUAAAGAGCUGGGCAUUCUGGGCAUCACAAUUGAAGGGAGAUGUUGACAAGCUGGAAAGUGUCCAGAGAAGGGUGACUAACAUGAUCAAGGGUCUGGAGAACAAGCCCUAUGAGGAGCGGCUUAAAGAGCUGGGCAUGUUUAGCCUGCAGAAGAGAAGGCUGAGAGGAGACAUGUAUAAAUAUGUGAGGGGAAGUCAUAGGGAGGAGGGAGCAAGCUUGUUUUCUGCUGCCCUGCAGACUAGGACACGGAACAAAGAUUCCACCUGAACAUUAGGAAGAACUUCCUCACUGUGAGAGCUGUUCAGCAUUGGAACUCUCUGCCCCAGAGUGUAGUAGAGGCUCCUUCUUUAGAGCCUUUGAAACAGAGGCUGGAUGGCUAUCUAUCGGGGGUGCUUUGAAUGAGAUUUUCCUGCUUCUUGAAAGAAUGGUGUUGGGCUGGAUGGCCCACAAAGUCUAUUCCAACUCUAGGAUUCUAUUGUUCUUCCAGUUCUACAAUUCUGUGAUGCAACAGCCAAGCUCUUGCAAGGAACUCCUUGGCCAGUGAGGCAGUGGUGGUGGUCACUCGAAAAUGUAAGAUUGUGUGCCGAUGCGGUGCUGGUCUGGCUGGACACUUGGCAUGGCAUUGCAGAGGAUUUCAUCCAGUACGUGUGGCCAUUCUCAUGGGACUAAUUGUGAGUGCCAUAAUCCAAUCCGGCCCAGAUUAAGCUAUUUUAGCAAAGUGAGAUGUCAAGCUAAGACUUUUCGGUGGCGUUCCCUUUCUGAGGCCCCCCUUCACUAAAGCUGAAUUAAUUAUCAAUAAUCAAUUAUUCCAAAUUGCAUGUUUUAACUGAAUGGUAUGAAUCUUUAUUGUAUGUGCCACACAGGCUCCAUCUACACUGACUAUUUAAUGCAGUUUCAAACUGGUAUGUGCAGAUGAUUACACAGAGGGUCCAGAUGAUGAGGACACAAACCACAGGGCAUUAAGGGCUUUAUUUCACUCUCUUUCGUGGGAAUUUGUUGUGUGGUCGCCACAGAUUGAGUCUAGCUGCCUUGAGUCCCCACGGGGAGAAAGGCAGGGAAUAAAUAAAGAUAAUAAUAAUAAUAAUAAUAAUAAUAAUAAUAAUAAUAAUAAUAAUAAUAAUAAUAAUAAUCUAGUGCAGGUGGUCCCGGUGGUGAUGGGUACCCUGGGUGCCAUGCCAAAAGAUCUCAGCCGGCAUUUGGAAACAAUAGACAUUGACAAAAUUACGAUCUGCCAACUGCAAAAGGCCACCCUACUGGGAUCUGCACACAUCAUCCGAAAAUAUAUCACACAGUCUUAGACACUUGGGAAGUGUUCGACUUGUGAUUUUGUGAUAUGAAAUCCAGCAUAUUUAUCUUGUUUGCUGUGUCAGAAUAAUAAUACUAAUAAUAAUAUUAAUAAUACCUUCAAGUUGCAUUCAAUCCUCAGUGUGGAUGGGGCCACAUGGUCAGUCGCUCAGCUCAGAAGCUGAGAUGGAAAGUAAGUGUUAGAAAAUAAAUAAUUACAUGGCGUAGCUUGUUGGGAGUGUGUAAAAGAUAAUAGUAAAGCUGUGAAAGAAUUGUUAUGAAAGUAAACAGGUCAAUAAAGCUCUUUUGGGGGAUUUAA